UCUUCUCAAUUUAAGUUCAACUCGGUCAAAUUGUCUUUUUGGAUUCCGGAACGUUUUACCUGAUAUGACUUACGUCCGAUCCGUUGACUUAAUUCAAAGCCUCCAGUCUAUCAUUAAGUAUGGCUGGAAACGAUAACAAAGCCUUUGAGGAUGGCGAAGAAGAUAAAUCUGGUAGAGUAAUUGAAAUGGAAAGUCUAAAACUUGAUCCCGAGACAAUAGAGCAGAGAAGAAUUCGCGAUGGAAAGCAUACUUUGAUGGGAAAAUAUGUGGAGGAAUCUGAUGUGGCUCGCCCAGCAUGGGAUAAUCAAAUUCAGUUUCUCUUGGCGUGCAUUUCUUAUGCGGUCGGACUUGGAAAUGUAUGGAGGUUUCCUUAUUUGGCCCAGACAUAUGGUGGAGGAGCUUUCUUAAUUCCGUACAUAAUCAUGUUGGUGAUUGAAGGAGUUCCGUUGUUUUUAAUCGAACUUGCUGUGGGUCAAAGGUUACGACAAGGAGCAAUUGGGACAUGGAAUAAAUUCCAUCCGUAUUUGGGGGGAAUCGGAAUUGGAAGCAUGAUUGUAUCAGCUUUAGUCGGUCUAUACUACAACAUGAUUAUCGCUUGGUGCUUCUGGUACCUUUGCAACUCUUUUCAAUAUCCACUACCUUAUUCUUCAUGUCCUUUAAACAAUCAAAGUACCGGAUAUAUAGAAGAGUGUGAACAAAGCUCCUUCACUGAAUAUUUUUGGUAUCGGGAAACUUUGGAUGUUUCAGCAUCAAUUGAAGAAACUGGGGGCCAAAAAUGGUGGAUGGUUCUUUGUCUAAUAUUGUCAUGGACAUUUGUCUGGCUCUGCAUGAUUCGCGGGAUUGAAAGCUCGGGAAAAGUAAUGUACUUCACAGCAACAUUCCCGUAUUUAGUUUUGACGAUAUUUUUAAUCAGAGGUCUCACUUUACCGGGAGCGUCAGAUGGAGUCGCUUAUCUUUUUUCGCCAGACCUGUCCGUUUUAGCGCAGCCCAGAGUUUGGUUGGACGCAGCAACACAAAUUUUCUUUUCACUUGGCUUAGCGUUUGGAGGAGUGAUAGCGUUUGCGAGUUACAAUCCUUUGAAGCAAGACUGUCAAAGAGAUGCUCUCAUCAUCGCGCUCACGAAUUCCUUUACAUCUAUUUAUGCGUCUUUGGUCAUAUUUUCAAUAUUGGGAUUCCGUGCCUAUGAACAAAACAAUCGUUGUUUGGAUGGGAACAUCGAAACUUUGUCAAAUUAUUUUGACCUUCCUGAAGGUAAUAUCACCUAUGAAAACUAUAAAGACGAAGUCAACAGAUUGAACACCACUGAUGAAGUAGAUGCACUCAAUUUAACAUACUGCGAUAUUAACGAGAUCCUCAGCGAGGCUUCACAAGGAACGGGACUCGCCUUUAUAGUAUUUACGGAAGGAAUAAUCAACAUGCCUGGGAGUCCCUUCUGGUCAGUUUUAUUCUUUCUCAUGCUCCUGUCACUAGGACUUGGAUCGAUGUUUGGAACCAUAGAAGGUGUAGUGACUCCACUCUGUGACUUGGGAAUCAAAGGCAUCCCGAAACCAGCUUUGACAGGUAUGAUAUGUCUCGUCUCAUGUGUUGUUGGAUUGUUGUUUACUUGUGGUGCUGGAAACUAUUGGUUAAAUAUAUUCAAUGAUUAUGCCGGAUCCAUUCCACUUCUUGUAAUCGCCUUUUUCGAAAUCGUUGCCGUAGCAUGGUUGUAUGGAAUUAAGGAAUUUAACGAAGACCUGAAAUGGAUGAUUGGAAGACCAAAGAGCAUCAUGGGAUGGAUUCUAUUCUAUUACUUCCGAAUAUGUUGGGUCUUUAUUUCCCCAGUUGCCCUGUUGGUUGUUCUGAUCGCAUUCGUUUAUGAUAUUGCUUCAUCAACGUUGGACUAUGAUGCUUGGAUUGGUGAUGGAACUAUAGAAUCACUGGAAUAUCCUUGGUACGGACUGUUGGUAAUAUAUCUUCUCUUAUUAUUACCAACAUUACCAAUACCAGUUGUCUGGCUGUAUCAACUUAUUCGAAAGUGCACAAAGCAUAUAACGUUCGAUAGUAUUUUGGCGGACAAAAGCUGGGCGUCAGAAGACUACAAAGAAUCCAUGAAAUUCUGGAAAAUGGCGAAAGAUCCUCCAAAUGCGGAUAAACUUUCCAAUUGACUCCUAGGAGUACUAAAACAAAAUAACAAAUGCCUUUUCGUUUCUCUGACCGCAUUUUCAAAUGAUAUUCAUAUACAUACGAACCCUUGUUUCAACUCAGUAGAUGUAACAGCACAAAUAACUCUUUUCGGAUUAUGGAAAAUUUAAUGUUUUUCUGUUCAAUUUAUCAAUAGAUGUUUCCACUGUACAAUACUAAGUUUAACUAUUCAAUGGACUGAUAUUUUUCGUUUCUAACAUAAACAUAAAUCUUGUUAACAACUCAUGUUAUUAUUCCAAAUAAUUCUGAGGUGGGUUCGUCACAUGGAUGCUAUUAAUAUCAUGUGCAAAUCGAAUUGUUUGAGCAAUUAGUGUUUU